AUGUCCGCCGCUGAAGAGGAAACUAUCGCUGAAACCGGCGACGAUCUCUUGGUCGACGACCUUCCCGAAGGACUUAUCGAUGACCUCGCGAGCUCCCCUGACCACCCUGCUGCGAAGAAGCCCUGCAUGGACCCCGGAGCUGGCCCUGCUAGCUUCAACUCCCCCUCUACCUCCUCCGAUUCGGCGCUGGCGCAGCCCGCGCCGUCUCCCGUGCUCCUCGCUGCUGCUGCUGCUCCCACGGCGACUCAGCAAGGCCCUGCGCCCUCUCUGGCAGCAACAGCUGCCGCCCCCAACGGCCCGGUUCUUCGCGCUGCUGCCUACGCAACGGUCGCCUCCGGCGCUAACCCGGCCCCCGCGCUGCCCGCCUCGCUCUUUGCCUCACCCGUGCCCGGCGGACCCCCCCGCAACCUCCGCCGCGCGCGCACUUCCGCAGCCACCCCGAUGCUCCUUCCCCUCCGCCGCCGCGUGGUAGUCACGAUCCUCCUCCCGGAGGCUAUUUUGGAGUCGCAUCGCACGGAAAUCCUCGCCGGGAUCAACGCGCAGCUAUGCGGCUUCAUGUUUGAUUCGGGCAUCAUCCCCCCCUUCGAGCACACCGUUGGCGAAUCCCUCCGCGUGGCUCGCCACGUGUACGGCCGCCUGCUUUUCUCUUGGCCGUCGCAGGAAGAUGCUGCGGUUUUUCGCAAGAUUUUUCCCCUCAUGCUGAAAAUCUUCAACUCCCGCCCCGUCAUGUUGAAGGUUUUUGUUGAUCGUUCUGAAGUUUUUACCGCGGCAAAGGCAGCCGGCGCCCCUACCCUUUCCAUCCGAAACGUCCCCCUGGAGAUCGAUCCGGAGGAGCUUCGUGCCUUCCUCCUCGGAUCCACCGAGGAGGACGGUUCGCAUUGGCUCGCGGACCUGAUUGAAUUUCACCGCGCUUCCGAUCCCUACGAGAAUACCUUUUUCACCCACCUCGCAGGGCUCCCGGUCGCCACCCCCGAUGACCCGAAUUUCGAGCGUAUCCCGUCCGAAAUCCUGCUGGAGGAGAACAAACCAGCUAUGCUGCUCAACUUCUCCUGCCACGUGUGCACGCUGUGCGGCAACAACCACCGCGCACCGGACCACGAGACUUUCGCUGCCCGCCGCCGAGGACGCCUCACGAACAAGAACACAAUCUCAAUUGCUCAGCUGCAGCAGGCAAAUGGCAACUCUUUGGGCAAUCAUGCCGCGCCGACCGCCUUCAGCAACGACCCCGGCCUCCUCUACAUUGGGCUGGGCGAUUGGAUCGAAUACUGGACCUGCACUCUCUGCGACUUCACCUGCGGCGCUGCCCUCGACAGCGCCAUGGAGCAUAUCCACUCCGACCUGCACGUCACCCGCGCCUUAAACCAGCUCUCCCGUGGCAAAACCCCCGGCCCUGACGGCAUCCCGGGCGAGCUCUUCCGACAAUACAAGACCCGCUUCGCCCCCGCAUUUCUCUCACUCUUCUCCUCACCGCACAUCUCCGCUACCCUCCCGCCGUCAAUGCUAUCAGGCCGCACAGUCCUUAUUCCCAAGAGGGGUAGCUCCUCUAUGAUCGACAACCUCCGCCCUAUCACCCUCAUGAACUCGGACUACAAGGUGUUAGCCUUAUGCCUUGCCAAUCGGCUGCAACUCGCUCUUCCCCUGAUUAUCCACCCCUCCCAAACCGCUUUCAUUAAAAGCAGAAAAAUUGGCGAUACGAUCAACGAUACACUUGACAUUUUCGAUUGGAGCACAAUCACGAAAACCCCCCUACUCGCCUUAACGGUCGACUUCCGCAAGGCCUAUGACCUGGUCGAUCGAGCUUUCCUCUUCCAAGCGCUAGCCAGGGUGGGACUCCCAGAGCAGUUUAUCGCCUGGGUUCGCCUCAUGCACACUAACACCUCCACCUGCAUCUCCGUUAACAACCUUGCUGGACCCACCCUCCCAGUCCUAACCGGGGUCCGACAAGGAUGCCCCCUCGCCCCCCUCCUCUUUGUGUGUGUCAUUGAAAUCCUACAGCGCUACCUAUCGCUCUUCCUCCCGGGUUUCCCCCUCUCUCCGACCCAGCGCCGUCUCAUGGCCUGCUACGCUGACGACGUCACCAUCUUCCUCUCCUCUGUUAGAGAGCUUGGGACCACACUCAUACACCUCAGGACCUUCGCCGCAGUCUCAGGAGAACACCCUAACUGGAACAAAUGCUCAAUAAUCCCUUUUCAUAUCUCCCCGGAACAAAUCCUUCUGGCCGGCCCCAUUCCCAUUCGCACUCCUCAAGAGGCAGAACGCAUUCUUGGCAUCUACGUUGAACGUGCACAACCAGGCGCCACCACCUGGUCCACGACUCUCUCUCGCGUUCAGCGCACGGCUAAAUUCCUCGCCGCCCUUCGUGCCACAGCCACCUGCCGCAAGUCACUUGCGUUGGUCUUCUUAAACUCUAUCAUCUCCUUCCCCGGCCGCUUUCAAACCCCCUCCCCCGACGUUAUCAAACGAUUAGACAUCCUGGUCGGAAACUUUCUAUCCUCUUCGCGUUUCAAGGAGCACGGCCUAGCGGUCCGUCUCAUCCCUAAUCGGCUCCUGUAUAAUUCCACCCGCCACGGAGGCCUUGGAGCGAUUGCCCCCUCCACCCAAAUCCGUGCUCUAGCUGCUCACCGCGCGCUCCGUCGCCUCGGCGCCUCACCAUCAGAAGAGAUAGCCAGAGCCGCCGUCUGCCUCCCAUUUGGCACACACUGUCUCUUCGCGCACCCUGCCAUCCUUCAAGCAGGCAUUCUGCCAACGAUAAUCCCAGGCCGAGCACUCGCUGAACUACACGCAUUAAUAGAGAUCACUCCGAACAUUGCCCCACCUCGCCUCGUCCCCAUGUGUAUAAUGGGCGAGCCCACCGCCUUCAAUCGUUUCAUUCUCAAACCAAACGGGAAGCCCUUCGGAAUCCUCACGCGUGAACACUUCCUCCUAUCUAAGCAGGUCCGUGUCGGCCAUUUGAUCUCUCUUAUCUUUCACUCGCUUGUCCCUGGGGAGCGGUUCGUCCCUAAAGAAGACUCCGAAACCUCUCCCACUAUUGCUUUCCAGGUCACGGCCUUCUCCCCUCCGUCGUCGCUCUCAGUCUCCCUUUACCGUGUCCUGCCCAACCGACUCAUCGUCCGACCGUCGAUCGGAGAUAGCACCUUCCACAUAGCUUCUUCCUCCACGCGACACGACAUUUUCUUGAUUUCACGAGCUUCCCCCGAUGCCUCCGCGCUCUACAUCGUCCGCCUGCGCUCCGCGCCACCAGUCGCCUCCUACACAGGCGGAAUCCCCGGCUUCCCGGCAACGGCCGUGUGGGACAGCGACCCUAACGGCAACGCGAUAGAUGCGUCGGCGGAGGAUGCAGCCAACGGUGCGGAUGCAGCCAACGGUGCGGAUGCAGCCAACGGUGUGGAUGCAGCCAACGGUGCGGAUGCAGCCAACGGUGGCGAUGCAGCCAACGGUGGCGAUGCAGCCAACGGUGGCGAUGCAGCCAACGGUGCCGAUGCAGCCAACGGUGCCGACGCGGCAGCUCCUUCAAACUCCUCAACGACCGGCUGGGACAGCGGCCCUACUAACAACAACGCGACAGGCGGCACAGCAGACGACGACGCCCACCAUCCCGCUCUACCUCGCGAGACUUCCUCCUCCUCCUGCGUGACUAACAACGGUGGCGUUGGCACGGCUUCUGGUACCCCUGUCUCUGCUGCGGCUGCGGCCACUACUAGCGGUUCAGGAGGCACCAGCCGUCGACCGCGGCGGCCGCGGGUGGACGUGAGGGCGCCGGGCGUGAGGGCGUUCAAGCAGCUGCUGCAGCGCAUGCAGCAGGCCGUGCUGAGAGACAGCGGGGUGGACGCGGGGAAGAUGGUGUACAGCUACGUGCACACAGACAACGGCUUUGCAGCGAUCCUGCCUCGACUUAAGUGCGCCCUUGCCCCCCCCCCUUCCGUGCCUCGCCUUCCCCUGCACGCGCUCCCUUCCCCCACAGCUACAAGCACACAGACAACGGCUUUACAGCGAUCCUCACCCCCUUCGUCCCCUGCCCGCCUUCCCUCAUCUCUUGGCCCCCCCUUCCUUGCUCUCUUCCCCGCUGCACGCGCUCCCUUCCCCCUCAGCUACAAGCACACAGACAACGGCUUUGCAGCGACCCUCACGGCAGCGCAGGUGCAGCGCAUGAGACGGCACCCCUCUGUGGCGUCCGUCACGCCCUCUCGCACCAUCACACGCCACGCCACCUCCACCACCGCCGCUGACGCGUACAAGUCUCUCAAGCUACCCCACGCCCUCUCUUCUGCUGCUCCCGCUGCCGCCAAUCCUGCUGCCGCCAAUCCUGCUGCUGCCAAUCCUGCUGCUGCCAAUCCUGCUGCUGCCAAUCCUGCUGCUGCCACUCCGGCUGGAGCGUCGAGCGACGGUGGCGAGGGCACGGUGAUUGGGAUUGUGGACAGCGGCGUGUGGCCGGAGCACCCCUCCUUUGACGAUACGGGCUACAGCAGCACGCUCCCUGCCGGGUGGGCGGGCACGUGUCCCACUACAAGCGACUUCGCUUGUAACAACAAGAUCAUCGGAGGGGGUAUCUUCUAUGCGGGGUUUGAGAGCGAAGAGCAUGUGAGCGUCAACCUCACCCUCAACUGGUUGUCCCCGCGGGAUUCUAUUGGCCAUGGCACAUGGUGUGCCGGAGCGGCAGCAGGCAACAGCUGCGUCAACGAUCCUAGCAGGGCAUUGUCAGUGGCGUGGCUCUCAGGGCACGGCUGGCUAUCUGCAAGAUGUACUGGCAUGAGCGGCAGCGGGCAACAGCGGGGUUGA